UGUAGUUCCGCUCUGAGACUGCUUGGCGUGUUAAGAAGCGCGACGGUGAGAAGAAAAACAAAUUGAAGCCGAACUUCGCAAAAAAAUAACCUUGAACAUCGUUGAAAGUAUUAAAUAAGCAUGCCUGGAUUUACGUGCUGCGUGCCUGGCUGUUACAACAACUCCCAACGUGACCGUGAUCUCCGCUUUUACACAUUUCCAAAGGAUACCACACAGAGAGAGAUUUGGCUGAAGAACAUCUCCAGGAGCGGGGUUAAAGGGUGUUUUAGUACCUUCCAGCCCACAACGGGCCAUCGAGUGUGUAGUGAACACUUUGCUGGUGGUAGAAAAACGUACACAAUUCGAAUCCCAACUAUAUUUCCACUUCGGGGCGUGAAUGAGAAAAGGAGCCGAAGAGGAAGGGGCAGAGGUAGGAAAACACCCGCUGUUUUGCCCUCGGUCACCAGUCUCGGCGCUACACCUGCAGACGGUGUAACGCGAUUUACCAGUACAGAAGAGCAGGAUGGGCAAAAUGGGCAUGAUACGAAACCGGUGGACCUUACCGUGCAGACCGACGAAACUUGUGUAACUACAAUGGUAUCCUGCUCAGCUACGGUGUCUGACGACAUGAACCUUCAGUUGGUAGAGACUGCACUAAGUGCUGCCAAAGGCGCAUCGAUUCGAAACACAUUUGACGUGGGCACGGUGAGCGCCUUGGACCACGCAUAUUCUCUACCCUGUGGUACAACUUCUACUGACCUGUUGCGAAAGCUGAAUGAGCAGCGGGACAUCAUCGCUUUGAUGGAAGUAAAAAUGAAAGAGCUGAAAACCACCCUUCAUCAUUUAAAAGUCUCCGAGGCCAAGCUAAUGGAAGAAAUCAGAGAGAGGGAUGGAUUGCUGUCCAAAUGCUUCGCUCAGAAACCCUACGAGAUUGACGUUGUCCUAUAACAAACUUUCAACAAACUCUUGCGUAUUGAUAUUGUUAUUUUGAUAUGAUUUAAUGGCAUAUUUCCUCUUCAGAAAAGGCUGUGCUGUACAUUAAGGUAGACUGUUUUGCUGCAGCUUUUUGAAUAUAUCAGAUCACAGCUAUCGCCACCAAACGAACUGAAACUAACAGAACUAAUUGGUAUUGUUUGUUAUGUGUCUUUGUGCAAAUCUCCUUAGACUUAUUAAGUAGGGCUCCAUUUUAUAUUUGGCUUUUGAGUGUACUUUGUGUGACUAGAAUACAAGAACAUAUUGACAUUAGUCAAAACUUCCUUCAGGGAUGAACCAAGACUUAAGCUGUUUUGCAGUUUGAUAUGGCUUUCAAGGGUGUGUUUGAAAGCAUGGAUUUAUCAUUCCACUUGGAAAUGACUCAAGGCAUUUGCUUGAAAUGUUUGGCCACCAGUUUGUCAUUUCCCUCUUUUCCUAAAAGAAAUAAAUUGCAUCCCAUUUUACAAA